CACUGGCAUCUGCAGCCAUGGCGUUUUUCAAAGCACCUCACAGCAGCAUUGCUGUAAUUGACAAAGACACCUACUCAUCUACAUUCUUUGAGCAAAAAGCAUUAACAUUUGACCAAGAUGAGCCUCUUGAACACGGAUAUGCUGUUGGGGGGGUUAAAGUCCCCCUUCAGCCAGUGGUGUUUGGUGGCUGAGGAAAGUCUGGGACUUCUAGAUGACUACCUGGAGGUGGCCAAGCCCCUCAGUUCGCAUGGGUUCUCCAGCGACAAGGCUAAGGCAGUCUCCUCCAAUUGGCUGGCUGAGGAUAGUUUGGGCAAAACCACAGAUGACAGCCAGGAGGAUGCCUUCUCUGGCAUGGAUUGGAUGGUGGAGAAGAUGGAUCUGAAGGAGUUCGACUUUGAUGCCCUGUUAGGAAUGGAUGACUUGGAAACCACCGUCUCUCCAGACGAGCUCAUGGCCACGUUGGAAGACACGUGUGAUCUAUUAGACCCUCCUACCCAGGAAAUUCCCAACAAAGAACCUUCACUGAUAACUGACCCAAUCAUUCAUCACCCUGAAUCUCCAAUUGGAGUAGAUCAGGUGGCCUCACUUGCCCCCCUUCUGCCUCUUCACCUCUCUCCAGAGUCCUUGACUUCUACUCCAGACCAUUCAUUUAGUUUAGAUCUAGGUAGUGAAGUUGAUGUACUGGAAGGAGACAAAAAAGCAGAAGCCACCACAUUCGUGGUGGUAGUGAUCCCCAAGUUUGAGAAAGAGGAGGAAGUACAUUCAGAUAAUGAUAGUGGAAUAUGUAUGAGCCCAGAGUCUUAUCUGGGGACACCCCAACACAGUCCAGUCACCUCUGUAGAAUCGUUCAAUGACAGCCAGUUUCCUGCAGACCCCAUUUGUGGUUCUAUGCGGCCCAAACCAUAUGAUCAUCCUGUAGAGAAAGUAGUGUUGGCAAAGGUGAAGGGAGAAAAAAGGGUUGAUAAGAAAUUGAAGAAAAUGGAGCAGAAUAAGACAGCUGCUACACGUUAUCGGCAGAAGAAAAGAGCGGAACAGGAGGCCCUGUCUGGGGAGUGCAGAGAGCUAGAACAGAAGAAUGAGGCACUGAAGGAGAAGGCAGAUUCUCUGAGUAAGGAAAUUCAGUAUUUGAAAGAUUUGAUUGAAGAGGUCCGCAAGGCCAAGGGCAAAAGAACUAAAGUCCCUGAGUAGGGUAGUCAGAGUAGAAGUUAUGUGCAUGUACAUAAGAGCUUGGUCCUAAAAGCUGUAUUAUUGCCUAAUAAAUUAUUUUAUAGUAA